AACAUGUCUGUGGAAGAGCUGAAUGGCAGUGAAUUGGGAACCAAGGAUUAUUGGGAAAAGGCGUACGAACGUGAAAUAAGCAAUUAUAAAAAUCAUGGCGAUGUUGGAGAAAUUUGGUUCGAUGAAGACUCCCAAUUACGUGUCAUCAAUUGGAUUAUGAAACAGGAUGAUAUUCCGGAUAAUGUUCGUGUCAUUGAUUUGGGAUGCGGCAAUGGAAUGCUGCUGAUCGAAUUGGCACGUGAAGGAUAUACAAAUCUGAUGGGAGUUGACUACUCACCAAAGGCGGUGGAGUUGGCCGAAAAUAUAGCCAGAGAUCAAGAAUUGGCAAUCGAGUAUAAAGUUGCCGAUUUAAUGAAUGUGGAAUCGUGUAAAACGCUGGGAAUAUUUGGUAUUGUCCAUGACAAGGGAACAUAUGAUGCCAUUAGUUUGUGUCCCGACAAUCCCAAAGAGAAACGAGAACUAUAUAUGCAGUCCGUACAGAAUAUGAUGGAUGAAAAUAGUUUAUUUAUAAUUACCUCGUGUAAUUGGACAGAGGAGGAGUUGAUUGCAAGCUUUAGUGGAAAAUUUCUGAAGAAAUGUACAAUACCAACACCGUCUUUUAAAUUUGGCGGUAAAGUGGGGAGUGUUGUUACUUCGGUGGUGUUUAAGAAAGUUUGAGCAUUUAUAGCAUUUUUGUAA